AUGGCGUCUAUCCACACUUUAGAGUCCGAUCGUCCAGAUAACUGUCUUGACAAUCCUGAGCCUUUGGACUAUAUCGUCAACGACGAUGCUCACUCUGAACUUUCCGAUAUCGGCUCCCAGCUCUCCAAAUCUCAAUCCUUGAAGUUGGUGAAAACCGAAACCAAAAAGUCGUUAUUUGACAUGGGUGUUUCCUCUCAGAUCCCAAUACCUGAUACUGUGUAUCCUCAAACCAUCACCAACCCGCUCUUUCCAGAAGAGUACACUCUAGAAACUGCCACCGGUUUUGUCCCCGUUUCCUCUUUGCAAGGCUUGGGUAGAAGUGUCACCAGAACUACUACCCGCGGGAGACGCAACUCCAAUUUUUCAAAUAUUUCUGGCGACUCCGGGGUGGGGGAGGGCGAGAAGCAAGAUGGUAGUGAAGAUGCUACCCCAAACGAGUACGACGAAUUGGACCCUGGAAUCGAACUCGUCACUUUUAUGAAAAACGAUCCCGAAAACCCCCACAACUGGCCGAACUGGGUUAAAUGGUGCUAUACCCUUUUGUUCUCCUGCGCCGUCAUCAUGGUGGCCUAUGGCUCCUCUUGUGUUACCGGUGGUUUAGGCUUGAUCAGCGAAAAGUACGGUGUUUCUGAAGAGGUUGCUAUUUUAUCCUGUUCGCUUAUGGUUCUCGGUUUUGCUGUGGGUCCAUUGUUAUGGUCGCCGUUGUCUGAGCAAAUCGGUAGAAGACCGGUAUAUUUCAUCUCCUUUGGCCUUUACACCAUCUUCAACAUUCCGUGUGCCAUCGGAAAGAAUAUCGGUACCCUUUUGGUGUGCAGAUUCUUGUGUGGUGUCUUCAGCUCCUCCGGUUUGUGCUUGGUUGGUGGUUCGAUCAGUGACAUGUUUGACCGAGAAACCCGAGGCUUUGCCAUUGCCUUUUUCGCCUUCGCCCCUUACUCGGGACCAGUUUUCGGGCCUCUCUGUAACGGUUUUGUCAAUAUCUCCACCGGGAGGUUCGACUUGAUCAUCUGGAUUAACAUGGCAUUUGCGGGCGUUAUGUGGAUUGUGUGUUCCUGUAUCCCAGAAACCUAUGCUCCAUCCAUCUUGAAGAGGAGAGCUGCAAAACUCAGAAAGGAAAUCGGGAACGAUAAGAUCAUGACCGAACAAGAAGCCUUGGGUUUGUCUUUGAAGGAAUUAGUGCAAACCUGUCUUAUCAGGCCUUUGUAUUUCUCCAUCUCUGAGCCAGUUUUGGUCUUGGUUUGUGGUUAUGUCUGUUUGAUCUACUCCUUGUUGUAUGCCUUCUUCUUUGCUUAUCCGGUUGUCUUUGGUGAUUUGUACGGCUUUAAGGAUAACAAGAUUGGCCUUAUGUUCAUCCCAAUUUUGAUUGGUGCGUUGUUUGCCUUGGUCACGACUCCGGUCUUGGAGCGCCGAUACAUGGCCUUGUGUAAACGCAGAGCCCCUACCCCUGAGGAUCGUCUUAUCGGUGCCAUGGUUGGUUCCCCCUUCCCUGCCAUCGCGUUGUUUAUCUUGGGUGCCACCUCAUAUAAGCACGUUUUCUGGGUUGGUCCAGCUUCUUCUGGUAUUGCCUUUGGCUACGGUAUGGUGUUGAUUUACUACUCUCUUAACAACUACAUUAUUGAUACCUAUGCCAAGUAUGCCGCCUCCGCCUUGGCCACCAAGGUUUUUUUGAGAUCCGCCGGUGGUGCCGCUUUCCCCUUGUUCACCACCCAAAUGUACCACAAGUUGGGUUUGCAGUGGGCCAGCUGGUUAUUGGCUUUCAUUUCCCUGGUCAUGGUUCUUAUUCCGUUUGUAUUUUACAGAUACGGGGCUGUGUUAAGGGAGAAAAUGUGUAAGGAAGACUACACUGGCUCUGCUUAA